AUGACAAUUUUAGAAUCAAUAACUAAAAUUUCAAACGCAUCGAUGGAUAUUAAUAAAAUAAAUAGUAACAAUAGUAACAACAUUAAUAAUAAUAGUAAUAAAAUAAUACAGCAACUACCAUUCAUAAAUAUAUAUGAAAAAUCAAUAUGUACCGCUAUAAUUCCUCAUAAUGAAAUUGAGAGGAAAAUGCCAAUUUUUAAAAGAUUUUGUUAG